AUGUCAUUGCCAUUAGCUCCAACAGUUUUAAAGCAAGCACCAGCAGAAGUAUUUCUACAAAAAAUGCUAAAAGCAUCAGAAACAAUCACAGCGACAACAACAACAAAAGCAGCAACAGCAGCUACAUCAACAGCAGAGCCACCUCUGCUACCAGCAACGGCAACAGAAUCAAUGGUAGCUGGACCAACUCCGCCAAAAGUAGUAAAAGCAUCAAGAAUGGUUCCACUAACAACAACAAAUGCAGUAACAGCUCCAUCAACUGCAGAGCCAGCCCUAAUACCAGCAGGAAAAUCAACAGCAAAAGCAACAGAACCAUCAUUAGCAACAGCAGAACCAUCCACAAUAGCAGCAGAAUCAACUCCAACAUUAGCAGAACCACAUUGCAACCACCUUAUUCUGGUCCACAUCGUGUCUUACGUUGUGCGCAUUCCGGCACUUCCGAUCUGCCUGCCUUCACCGCCAUGCCUGCUGACACCACCGACGCAACCUCAAGCGAUGUUCUGCUACCUACACAGCAGUCCAACGCACGUGACUCUGCAGGCGCAGUUUCCAACGCGCCCAAUUCUCAUGCUGGACGCCGCCUUCAACUGCUGUGCUGGCACAAAGAUUUUGUGUUCAAGUGAGGAUGCUUCCCUCUGCUGUGCUCCGCACUGCCGGGGAGGGGGCUCUGUGGUGCCUCCAGUGUAA